CUAUGCUGCCGUUCCCAUAGCAACAGCAGCCGCUGCAGCAGCAGCAGCAGACAGAGCAGGAAGUGUGCAUCCGUUUUGUGUGUGUGAGACGGGAAGGGAGCAUGUUGGUGCUGAGAUGGGAGAAGAAGCAGAGGCUACAGGAGGAACGCACGAUACGAGGCUCGUUGAAAGGCACACCUGUGGAGCGUAGUCGGCACCGUGCUUGUGUGUGCAUGCAUGCAUGUCCCUGAAUACGUGUGCGUGCCUGGUGCGUACGCAAUGGAGGGUCACCUGUUUCACAUCUACAGCCAUGUGUACAGUUUCAACAACCUGAACACGGAGAACAUGACGGUGAUUCUGGUGCAGGUGAACCCAGGGGAGACGUUUACCAUCCGAGCGGAAGACGGCUCGCUGCAAUGCAUUCAGGGUCCUGCUGAGGUUCCCAUGAUGUCCCCAAAUGGGUCAAUCCCCCCAAUACACGUACCUCCAGGUUACAUCUCACAGGUGCUGGAGGAUACCACAGGGGUUCGCCGAGUGGUGGUGACCCCCCAGUCCCCAGAGUGCUACCCUCCCUCUUACUCUCCAGCUCUGUCCCCCACGCACCACCUCCCCCCAUACCUGGCUCACCCCCACUUCAUUCCCAACUCUCACUCUUUCUAUCCCCCUGUCAGCCCGGGCGAGUUGCCGCCUCACCAGUACUACCAACACCACCUUCCCCCGAUGUACGGCGAUCCAGUGUCUUCUCUCCUUUCAGAAAUCAUCCCAGUUUAUGGGAUGUCCAACUACAUCAGCAGAGAAGAGACGUACACUAAGCCACAGCCUAAAAAGAUAAAGGAACAGAGACUAGAGCGACAGAACCGACUCAAUUCUCCUCCUUCUACUCUCUAUAAGGGCAGUCUUGGGCCAGCACACAACGGAUACAGUAACAAAUCACACGCCCCAUCGCUUGGGUCAGCGGGGUCAGGGGGCGGAGCCAGCAGUCCAGGGGGCAAGAAGCCAGAAAGACGACACCGCUGCAGUCCACGAAACAGUGAGCCAGAGACGCACACACAAGAUCAUGAUUCAGAGGGGAAACGUGUUCAAGACAUGCUGUCUACAAUCGACAAACCACAGGUGUCUAACAUCCAGGCGCGGGCUGCUCGGCUGUCCUGGGGCCUUCCAGGUGGGCUGGUGAACAGGCACAGUAACGGGAUGCCCGUCUCCUGCUCCUACGAGGUUUCUCUCUCAGACAAGGGAAAGGACGGAAAAUAUCGCCUUAUAUACAGUGGUGAAGAGUUGGAAUAUCAUCUGAAAGACCUAAGGCCAGCGACAGACUACCACGUACGGGUUUCAGCGCUGUACAACUCUGUUCGAGGCUCGUGUUCAGAGGCUGGCUCGUUUACCACACAGUGCAGCGUCCCUGACGUCCCACUACCCCCGAAGCUCUCUCACCGCACAAAGACCAGCCUCGGUCUACAGUGGAAGCCUCCAGGCGACAACGGAUCCAAGAUCACAAACUACCUGCUCGAGUGGGAUGAGGGAAAGAAGAACAGUGUUUUCAGAGACUGUUACUUUGGGAACCAGAGACACUGUAAGCUGACACGGCUGCAGCCCGCCUGUGGCUACACGUUCAGACUGGCUGCAAAUAACGACAUCGGCACAAGUGGCUUCAGUACAGAGGUGGUGUUCUACACCACGGGCACGCAGCCCCCUCUGCCCCUCGCGCCACGGCUGGUCAGGGCGGGGGUGUCCUGGGUGAACCUGGAGUGGGUGCGUCCCGAGGGCAGCCCCUCCGAGGAGCAGCUCAAAUACACACUCGAGAUCCAGGAGGACAACAGCGGAACAGAUUUUUAUCCAAAGUACACUGGAGAAAACUUGACCUGUACUGUACAAGGCCUGAAGAGAAGUACACAGUAUAAAUUCAGGUUGUUGCUGAUUGCGUCAAACGUGGAAGGAAAAAGCAGCCCCAGUGAAGUGUUGGUUUGCACCACCAAUCCAGACAAACCCGGCCCUCCGUCGACACCCAGGGUCACCGGAGUGACACCUUACGGCUUCACCAUCACAUGGGAUCCACCCCUGGACAACGGGGGCUCAGAGGCCCUGACUUACCUCCUCGAGAUUUCUGAAGGAUGCUCCGAAGCGAGCCAGUGGGAGGUGGCGUACAGCGGCCCCGCGACAGAAUGUGUGUGUGAGCGACUGACACCGGGAACCGUUUACAGCCUACGUGUAUGUAGCAUCACCACGGGAGGACACAGCCCGUGCACCAUUUGUGUUCCGGUCCGUACAUCAAGUGUCCCACCAGGACCCUGUCAGGCGCCGCGGAUCGUUGGGAAAGCCAAACACAAGGAGGUCCAGUUAGAAUGGAAUUCCCCUGCCUGUGAGGGAGUGUGUGAAGAGUGUGUGUACAGCCUGGAGAUGAGUGAGGGAGAAGCGAAGCCAACAGAAGUGUACCACGGCCCGGAGCUGCAGUGCACAGUUGCUAGUUUGCUUCCUGGUGCGACGUACAGCUUCCGGCUAAGGGCAACCAACGAAGCCGGGUUCGGGCCAUAUUCUGAGCCGACAGAAGUGACGACCGCAGCUGGACCUCCUGGCCAAUGUGGGGCGCCGCUCAUCACGCUCACAAGUAACACCUGCGUGACGCUCAACUGGGAGAGCCCCGAGGGCUCGGGGACGGACAUCUCGGAGUAUCGACUGGAGUGGGCGAAGGAGGACGAACCUUGGGAGCUCAUUUACUGCGGCUCCGCCACACAGUGCGAACUGUCAGACCUGACGCCUGCUACGGAUUACUGCUGCAGGCUACAGGCGGUGAAUCAGGCUGGCGCUGGUCCAUACAGCGAGAGGGCGAGUUUCCGGACCCCGGCGACGCAUCCCGACCAGGUCUCCACCCUCACUCUCCUGGACCUCCCGACGUCCUCCGAGGCGGGUUACUCCUCGUCCACUUGCCUCCUCCUGAAGUGGGAGACGCCAAGCAGCAACGGUUCGGAGAUCUCCUCCUACAUCAUCUCUGUAGACGGUCAAACCGUCACCGUGGAAUCGGGGACGAGUCACCCCAUCACGGGCCUGCAGCCAGACACCGAGUACAGUCUGCAGAUUCAAGCGGUGAACGCCAUUGGCUUUGGUCCUCUGAGUCCGUUGCUGGUAGCGAGGACCCGCCCCCUUCCUCCGGCCCCGCCCCCACUCGAAUGCUCCGCCGCAGGCCCUCAGAGCCUGAAGCUCAAAUGGGGCGAGAACGCCGGACACACACGCGCCCUGCUCUCUGAAGACGUGGUCUACACACUACAAAUGGAAGACAAGAACCACAGGUUUGUGACGAUCUACCACGGUCCCAGCCACACCUACAAAGUCCAACGACUGAUUGAGUCCAGCAGCUACAGCUUCAGAAUACAGGCACUCAGUGACGCCGGGGAGGGUCCGUUCUCCGACACACAUACUUUCUGCACCACCAAGUCUCUACCCCCCGCCAUCAAGGCCCCCAGGAUUCACCAGCUGGAGGGGAACGUGUGCGAGGUGACAUGGGAGACGGUCCCACCAAUGAGAGGAGACUCUGUGAACUACGUGCUCCAGAUGCUGGCGGGGCGCGAGUCUGAAUACAAACAGAUUUUUAAGGGAGACGAAGCUUCGUUCCAAGUUUCCAGUCUUCAGGCAAACACAGACUAUCGUUUCCGCGUCGGCGCCUGCCGCCAGUGCCGGGACUCGCACCAGGAGCUGUGCGGGCCGCUGAGCCCCUCCUCCCUCUUCACGCUGCGCCGCCAGGAGUCGCCGUCGUCGGGAGACCACGGCGCUUUGGAAACGGGCAAGGGGGUGGGCCUGAUCUCGAGCGACGAGCGCUUCGCGGCGCUGAUCGUGUGCGUGUUCGCCGGCCUGUCCAUCCUCAUCGCCUGCCUGCUACAGUACUUCUUCAUGAAGUGAGGGAAUUUUUUUUUAACUAUAGGAUAGAAAGCGAAAUCAAAAGAGUAAAUCACAGAAAUGAACUUUUUACAAAUGUCUAUGAAAGAACAGAAUGAAAUCAAAACACUUGAGAUGUACUUUUAAGGCUAUAUAUGUCGAUUUUUUUUUUUUUUAAACAAUUUUUUUUUGUAGUCAAAGUAUUGAUUCAGGCUUCUCAAUUUUUUCCUCUCCCUUUACUCGGUUUGGUGUCAUUUUUGUUCUACACCGCUGUCGCGUUUGUCUCUUUUGUUAAGGAUUUCUGUUGAGGGAAGCUUCAUCUUGGCUGUACCUCAGUUGGGAAAGAAAACUGAUAAUCAAGCCUUAAAAUAAGUGUGAGCGAAACACUUGCUCCUCAUACUGACUUGCAUGUUGUUUUUUUUUUUUUUUCAUUUUAUAUGUCUACAUUAUUCAGUAGAAAACAUAUAUAUUUCUCUGCCGUCAUUGCCUUACUUUUAUUUCGCUGCGGUCUGUAUUCAUUCAGCCAUAUUCAAAUGUAGGCCUUUAAAGCUUUAGCUUUUCCUACUUAUUCAGUUUGUUCCUUCUCUGCAGGCUGUCGGUCAGGACAAAACAAUCGCCUGACCAAAACACAAACACUUGCACAUGCGAACCUCUGUACAUAACCAUGCACGCAUACGGAACUACACAUUUGCAAGGACAAUGAGGAAAAAAAAAUUAGUUUCAGUUUUGAAGACAGUCGUAUCUGCUCAGCUUUUGCCACUCGCACAUUCAGCUACCAAAGUGAUGCAAUCCGUUUGUGGUGUAAGAUGCUGCUAUCCUGUGAUUUCAUAGUAUCCGAGAGAAAAAAUGGAAAAACGUGUAUUUUAGUGUGAAAAAUGAUGGCAAAGUAAGGUUGAAACGUAAAAGGGGGGGAAGGAGUGAAAUAGGUGCUCAAAAGUAGAAGCUCUGAGGUCAGUUUUAGCAAUUUGCGCUAAAAGGGAUAGUUCAGAAUGUUUAAAGUUGGGUUCUGUUAAAAAAUUUUUAGGCAGUUCGUGUUUUCCUUACAGCAGACAAGUGCCUUGGCGUUUUCCAUGUAGCAUGAAUCCAGAUUAGUUGGUGCCCGAGGCAGAAGCUAAUGACUAGUCUAGGAGGGGCGGAGACUGAAGCGGACCUCUGCUGUUUUCAAAACAACUCCGAUCUGGAAAACCCAAAAGUGAUUUAUUCAAAUGCUUUUCAAAUGGCUCAAAUGAAACAAGACGAGAUCUUGGAAAUAUCUUUUUGAAAAGCUAAGAAUCCAGUUUUUGUUUUGACAAACUGAAGUCCUGACACAGUGCACGCCGUAGCAGAGUAAAAUAGUUUGUUCAGGUGCACUGCCUCCAAACUUUUCCUCUGUGUAAAGUUUCUCAAGUUUAAAGGUUAAUAGCUCGUGUUUCCAUCAAACACAUGAGUUGUUACUUUUAGAUUGGAGUUGUUUUAAGACGUAGAAAUUCACUCCAGUCUAUCCUUUGUUGGGCUAGCUGUUAGCACCCGCUUCCGGGAUCACCUAACGCCGAGUUCAUGCUAAAUCUAUGUGCCGAGAGACUUUAAGUAAGGUAUUAACUGCUUCUAAUCUUUGGACAGGACCUCAGCAAUCUUUUAAAUACCACUCUUAGGUCAGAAUCUGGACCUUACGUCGGGCAUUUGUAGACUCCAGGAAAACGGGCUGGGAUCGCAAUCGCCUGUUGCUUUUCUUAGGAAGGAGUUGGCCCAGCACAUGUUUGAUCCUUUGUAAGACCCUAGGGGGGGUUCUGCCUUCUCAGAUGUUAUAACUUCAACCUCUCUAUCUGGAGGUGCCAGCAGCGUGUCGGCGCCCUUCUCUACGAUCCACGUUUGCAAACUGGGAAAAGCCAUUAGAAGUUAGCUUGCGCUUUGUUCUCCAGACAUUUAGCACAAACGCUGAAGCUGUUCCUCCUCGUAGCGCGUUCUGUGAAUCAACACAUUUAAAGACUCUUCCACUCUUUUUGCAUCUCCUGAAUAUUUGUACUUAAUCUCCCUUUUUUCUUUUUGUUUUUUCUCUUUGGCUCUGCCUACUUCUCGCCUGCUUUCAGUCCAUCCUGUCUCUCUGCUUCCUCCACAUCUCUUGCUCUUUCUCUAUUAAAAGGUGCUUUAUUGACAUGUAAUCAGAGCGGUAGCAAGUCUGUGAUCUCUUCUCAGACGGACAUGAUCUCUGAGGACUUGAACUAAUCUUCACUAACCAAACAAAGCCUUGGACAGGACACAGCUCAACAGAACAGGGCAUUGUGACAUACGAAACAGCCCCCCCAUCUUCCCCCUGACCUCCGUGUCCCGCCUCAUGUCUGCUCCUCCCAGCAAAUCUUUUACAUCAAAGCCAAGGUACAAACCGUGUUUUAUCUUCUGUAGUCCAAAGAAGCCACCCCGAUCUGCAUUACUAAUGUGAAACAUGCCUACUUCAGCUGGGUUGGGGCUUGGUGGCGAGACCCGACAGGAGGCAGAGGUUUGGAUUUAGCUCUGAGUGGCAGCCUGUGACGUACCUCAGGGAUAAGGCCUUACAGAGGGGGAGCUCUAAUCCCGUCGUCCCCAUAGCUGUCGUCACCAUCAUCAUAUUGACCAUCCUUUUUCCCCGCCUUCCUCCUUCUUCUUCCCUCUUGACGCUGCAUCUCGCCCUCUGUCCUCGCUGUGCCUUGCUUCGUAUGUGUCGGUAAGCAAAGCGUUUUACUAGCUCAGAAAAAAAAAAAACAAAAAGAAAAAAAAAACUACAAAAAAAAAAAAAAUUUGCCAAAGUUGAUGGGGAAAGUCAAGGUAGAGUCCUUUUCUAGGUUUUAUUUAUACUAUAUAUUUGCAUACAGUACUUUACAUGCCAAUUACAGUGCAAUCUUCAUUUAUUUAUUGUUUAAAGAUUAAGAGACAAGUGUAGUUAUAUACUAAUUUUUUUCUUGUAGCAUGUUUUUUUUUUUUUUUUUUAAUGGAUGUAUGUUAGAUUGUAUGAUUAAGGCCAGCAUUCCUUAUCUCAGUAACCCUUUAAGUAUUUCUCUUGCUCAUCAGUUCAUGCAUUACCAUUUCAGACAUGUAACCAAAUGCCGAUGGGUUUUUGUAACGCUUAGAGACACAUGUAGCAAGCCAGACCUUAGUGUCACUUCAAGUUCCUUCGUAUGGGGAUGAAUAUUUCUGCCUUUGGCUUUUUUUUUUUUCCUGUUCUGAAUAGUGUUAUAUUGAAGCUUCUGAUAUCUUAUUUUACAGUUUUUAAUGCCAAAGUGCAGUCUUUUUUUUAUUUUUUAAUCUCUAGAUAUUGCAGCCGUCUUGAGGGUUCUGUGAUGUUCUUCUGUAACAGCACAUCAUUACAACUAUUAUUGUUAGUAUUGCUCUCUCAAAUGGAACAAAACAUUAACUUGAUCUGUGAUUACGCUUUUUUUAAUUUUAUAUAAUGUUUUUUAUUGUGUCUUAUAAAGCAAAAUUGUGCCAUUUUUAAAGAAAUGUCAAGACCCCGUACUUUGUAGAAUUUUUUUUUAAAACUAAUUUCACAUUUAAAUUUAAAGAAAACAAACAAACAAAAAAAAAAACAUGACGAUUUCAGGCAGAUGACGAUGGGUGCUGGUUAUUUCGCCCGUUCGCCGUUUCGUACCUUUGCAUGUUUGGUUGUUUUCGACUCCACGUUUUCUGUGUGAAUUGGUGCCAUUGAACGCACCAUCGUAUCACUUGUCAACCUACAAUUUAAAGAAACUUCCUAGAUCUGAUGGUCUUGUGGAACGAAAUGUAGGUUUAUAACUUCAAUAAACAUCUUUACAUGAGGAAGACCUUUAACUAUUUUCAUUUGAUCCUGUCUUGUUUUCUAGCAGUCAGUUGGCCAAAACCUGAGUCGUGUUCAAGUUGUAAUAAAUGGGAAUAGAGUUGACAUUAAAAUCUUAGAUACUUACAGUGGCUCUCAAAAGUGUACAGACUCCUGUUAGGAUUCCUGGGGUUUGUACUUUAUCAAUUGUUUUUAUGUAUAAUGUGAAAUGUAUCCCAUGUGAUUCAUCUGAAGAAUGUAAGGGGCUAAAAACUACAUAUAAAGGUUGAAUAAUGAGGUUUUCUUGAAAUAAUACAAUUCUGUGUCUGUCAGCAAAGCAGAUCUGGGCUUAGUUUGGUUGUUUCAGAGCUUUAAUUUUCUUGUCUUGGAUGUUUGCUUGGACACGCUGCGAUGAGGAUACCGAGACUCCCUUUUGUCAGUAGACGCCUGAAAUUAGAGCCAAGUUGUGUUAAAAGCUGUUCACAAUUUCACCUACCUUGAUGAAAAUCUCAGCUGAAAGAAGGUAACUGUCACCACUGUUUCACUGUAGUUAAGUACACGUUCUUCCGCAGGUUUAUGGGGAGAACUUGGAUGCAACUGGAACUUUUCAUUGGAAGAAAAUCCUUUUGUCUUGUGACUCUACUUGGUAGCCAAGAGACUGUUGUAAGAGGUUGAUCUCAAUUAGUCCUCCGGCUUCAUCCACUGGUGGUGCUGGUUUCCUGGGAUCUGCACUGGCCAACUGACUAUUUUAUUUCUUGCCUUUUCAAUCGUUUUGGAGAAAGAACAGGUUUUUAUAAAGUCGCUACCGUCUUACACUUUCUGCUGAAGCUUUCUUAAUGGUGCUAAAUAAAUCUUUGUCCCCUUCUCCUAAACUAUAUCCACGUACAAUCAGGUCAUUUUGAUCUUUUAUAAACCCUCUUCAAACCAUAGCCUUUGCAAAAAGAUGCUAAUGAGCAAAUAAUGCGCUAUAAUUGAAAGCAGGUGUGAAUUACGUAACCAGUUUAUACCCAGUCGAAUAGUACAAGACGUAGAUUACAAACCUGUGGAUAUGUACACAUUUAAGAGCCACUGUAAUAAAAAUGUUUGUCAGACUGAAGCAUUUUUAUAAUCCCUUAUCUCUAAUUUACGACAAAGACGCGACGACAACGAAACACAGGCAGAUUUGCAGCGGUUUAAUUAGACGGGUGCAAAUAAAAUGGUAAAAAGGGUUUCAGAACAGAGGCAUGAAUUAGCCAAAGGGGUGAACUGCCCCAUGGCCUGAUGUCAACAAAAAUAGUUUGACAAUUCCUUAUUGGGUUAGUUGUUGCUGGUGUAUCGGUAGAGUUUUCUUCUUCUUUUGUUUCCUUUUUCUUUUUUUUUUUAAUCCAGUGUUUUGCUAAGAGAUAAUAUACAGAGAUAUCUAUAGAGUUAUAGAGUAAAAAUGGUAAACGCAUUAUGACUAACAAGAGUUGAAGCACUUUUUUUAUGACGAGCAUUCGACGUGACGAGGUUACGAGUGGGAGGCAACGGAUCCUUUGCUCUAUUACAAAAACAAAAAAACACUACUGCCAACGCUUACUGUUACGUCCAUUUGGCAUUAUCCUCCCGUUGGCAUCACUGUGACAUUACUGGAGCAUGGCACUGCGCUCCCAGCAGAAUGCAAUCUACAGCACUGAGGAAAGUACACUUCAUACGAGGUACCGUGCCUUUGCCAGAUAUGCUCAUUGUGUGUCUGCCUAGACUGUUGCAUAUUAAUUGACUGGUUGACGUGAGUUUUCUUGUCUUUAUUAACCCCCCCUUUAGUUUCCCUCUUUGAGCCUUAAAACCCCAGUGCAAGAGCAGAGGAGUCCUUCUGUCGCCAGCAGGCCAGUUAUCUUAGUAUUGAACAAUCUGAUAGGUUUUGUAUAUCCCUUUAUGGGCUUUAUUAUUUUCAUUUUUUUGGUUGGUUUUCCAAAUGCUGUUUAGCUUUUAAGAGACCCACUCACCCCAUGACUCCCCUCCCCGACCCCCAACCAGUCCUGCACAUUUUGUGGCUAUGUCCACAAUAAGAGACGACGUUUUAGCCCAGCAACCCCACGUCUGUGCCUUCUGAUCAGUUUUUUUCUUUUUACUUUUAUUUUUUUUUAAAUGUACAUUUUACAGUAAGUGGAGGGGUUUUUUUUGACUGAGAGAUUUGGCAAUUUGACAGAGACUCACAGGUAUUUAACUAUUUUCUGAAGAGAAUACAAAUAAAAGACAAAAGAUAUUUUUACCUCACAAUUUUAGAGCAAACAUUCCAAUGUUGUCAUGGUCUAUGAUUUGACACAGAAAAAAAGCAUAAAAAAAGAAGUUCAUGCAUUUUUGUUUCUUGUAUUGUAAAUGUUAGACAAUUUCAUAUGCAUUAUAUUAAAAAGAAACUGCCAUAUCAAUUUUAAUGUAUAGAUUUUUGCAAAUACUACCCUAUGUAUGUAAGACUUAACUGUAUCGGUAGCGUAUAUAUAAUAUAUUUAUGCCCAAUAAAUGUUUUAAUUUUUUCUGA